AUGUCGGGGCACAACGUCGCCAUCCAACGCAUCUCCAACGCCGUCUCUGCCCCCGCCUUCGACAUCGCCGACGGAACCCUCCGCCGCCACGUCUACAAUGACAUCAAAGACAACGUGCUGCCCUUGGUCCCGUCCACCGCCACCCCGCCGCUCCCCGUCCUCGUCUACGCCGUCCACAACAUCAUCCAGCCCUCCUUUGUCCUCGGCCAGAUUCCCGACCUCCUCUCCCUCCUCGCCCACAUCGAGGUCUUUCGCCUCAACACAAUAGAAAAAAUCAACCGCAUCCUCCGCAGAGACAAAACACUCCGCAGAGAUCGCAGUCCGUCAGUUCGUCUGCUCGCCGACCAUGACCGCGACGACCUCGAGCGCAUCGUCUCACCGUCCCGCGUACAGGCCGCACGCAAGGUCUACCGCCAGAUUGUCCACGGUUGUUCUCUCCUCCAUAUCCACCACAUAUGGUGCACAUCCCCCGGGGGUCCCUCGCCCCUCCACUACCUCAUCCAGUACUUUCCCUACUUUGUCCAACGCGACCAAGAUGCCGCCCCACAGUGCACUGCCGCCCUCAGCACCUACCCCUGGCACUACAACCUCUCCCGCCCCGAGCAGCGCGAGAAUGAGGAGAUCGGCGAGGUCGCCGCCAACUUCAUCCUUGGCGCCUCCCAGUACCUCGACGACAAGGAAGGCUACUGCCGCGAGAACGGGCGCCCGUUCGAGGCGAUCUUUCCCCCGCCCCGCCAGGAUGCGAACGUGAACGCGAUCGACAAGUACAUGAGUGUCGUCACCGGCGCAGCAGACACCCUGCAAGCCAUCCUCGAGGACGCCGAAAGCUGA